GACUGGAUUUGGUGCAGACUACAGAACUACCAUCCUUAGCUCCUCCACAGACAUAGCCGAUUUAAUUCCUAACCAUGGGAGAAGUGACAGAAGAGGAGGUGGAGAAGUUCCUGGACUCAAAUGUUGGCUUUGCCAAACAGUAUUACAACCUUCACUACCGGGCCAAAGUCAUCUCGGACCUCCUUGGGGCCAAGGAGGCAGCUGUGGACUUCAGCACCUAUCACUCACUGACCAGCGUGGAGGAGAGUGAAAUCAUCUUCGACCUCCUACGGGAUUUUCAGGAGAAUUUACAGACUGAGAAAUGCAUCUUCAAUGUCAUGAAGAAGCUGUGCUUCCUCCUACCGGCAGACCGCAUGAGCCUGUUCAUGUACCGGACCCGCAAUGGCAUCGCAGAGCUAGCCACCCGGCUCUUCAACGUCCACAAGGAUGCAGUUCUGGAGGACUGCCUGGUGGUGCCUGACUCAGAGAUUGUCUUCCCUCUGGACAUGGGUGUGGUGGGCCACGUCGCACACUCCAAAAAGAUUGCCAACGUUCCCGACACAGGACAGGAUGAGCAUUUCUGUGACUUUGUGGACACUCUCACAGAAUAUGAGACUAAAAACAUUUUGGCUUCCCCCAUAAUGAAUGGGAAGGAUGUGGUGGCAAUAAUCAUGGCUGUGAAUAAAGUGGAUGGGCCCCACUUCACCAAGAGAGAUGAAGAGGUUCUCUUGAAGUACCUUAAUUUUGCAAAUUUGAUCAUGAAGGUGUACCACCUGAGUUACCUGCACAACUGUGAGACUCGGCGUGGCCAGAUACUGCUGUGGUCUGGGAGCAAAGUCUUUGAAGAGCUCACUGACAUUGAGAGACAAUUCCACAAAGCUCUAUAUACAGUCCGUGCCUUCCUCAACUGUGACAGAUACUCUGUGGGUCUCUUGGACAUGACCAAGCAAAAGGAAUUUUUUGAUGUGUGGCCUGUUCUGAUGGGUGAGGUUCCACCCUACUCUGGUCCCAGAACUCCGGAUGGAAGGGAAAUCAAUUUUUACAAGGUCAUUGACUACAUCCUGCAUGGCAAAGAAGACAUCAAAGUCAUCCCGAAUCCACCUCCUGAUCAUUGGGCUUUAGUGAGCGGGCUCCCUACCUAUGUUGCCCAAAAUGGCCUGAUUUGCAAUAUCAUGAAUGCACCUUCUGAGGACUUCUUUGCAUUCCAGAAAGAACCUCUGGAUGAGUCCGGAUGGAUGAUUAAAAAUGUCCUUUCUAUGCCGAUUGUGAACAAAAAGGAAGAAAUUGUUGGAGUGGCCACAUUUUACAACCGUAAAGAUGGGAAACCCUUUGAUGAAAUGGAUGAGACUCUCAUGGAGUCUUUGGCUCAAUUCCUGGGCUGGUCUGUCCUAAAUCCUGACACCUAUGAGUCAAUGAACAAACUUGAAAACAGAAAGGACAUUUUCCAGGACAUGGUAAAAUAUCAUGUGAAGUGUGAUAAUGAAGAAAUUCAGAAAAUCCUGAAAACCAGAGAGGUGUAUGGAAAGGAGCCCUGCGAUUGUGAAGAAGAAGAGUUGGCUGAGAUCUUGCAAGGAGAGCUACCAGAUGCAGAGAAAUAUGAAAUUAAUAAAUUCCACUUCAGUGACUUGCCCCUAACCGAAUUGGAGCUGGUGAAAUGUGGGAUACAGAUGUAUUAUGAGCUGAAAGUGGUGGAUAAAUUUCACAUUCCUCAGGAGGCCUUGGUGCGGUUCAUGUACUCACUGAGCAAAGGCUACCGCAGGAUCACCUACCACAACUGGCGGCACGGCUUCAAUGUGGGACAGACCAUGUUCUCCUUGCUGGUGACGGGAAAGCUGAAGCGGUAUUUCACGGACCUGGAAGCUUUGGCCAUGGUCACUGCUGCCUUCUGUCAUGACAUUGACCACAGAGGCACCAACAACCUCUACCAGAUGAAAUCCCAGAACCCACUGGCCAAGCUCCAUGGUUCUUCCAUCUUAGAAAGGCAUCACUUGGAAUUUGGCAAAACAUUGCUAAGAGAGGAGAGCCUAAAUAUCUUUCAAAACCUCAAUCGCAGGCAACAUGAGCAUGCAAUCCACAUGAUGGACAUCGCAAUCAUAGCCACAGACCUCGCCCUGUAUUUCAAGAAGAGGACAAUGUUCCAAAAAAUCGUGGAUCAGUCUAAGACAUACGAGUCUGAACAGGAAUGGACGCAGUACAUGAUGCUGGAGCAGACACGGAAGGAAAUUGUUAUGGCCAUGAUGAUGACAGCCUGUGAUCUCUCAGCCAUAACCAAGCCCUGGGAAGUGCAGAGCAAGGUUGCUCUGCUGGUUGCUGCUGAAUUCUGGGAACAAGGUGACCUGGAGCGCACAGUGCUACAACAGAAUCCCAUUCCCAUGAUGGACAGAAACAAGGCUGAUGAACUCCCCAAGCUUCAGGUCGGCUUCAUUGACUUUGUUUGCACCUUUGUCUACAAGGAAUUCUCCCGUUUCCAUGAGGAAAUCACCCCAAUGCUAGACGGGAUCACCAACAACCGCAAAGAGUGGAAGACACUUGCUGAUGAGUACGAUGCCAAGAUGAAGGCGCUGGAGGAGGAGAAGCAGAAACAUCAGACAGCCAAGCAAGGAGCUGCAGGCAACCAGCCUGGGGGGAACCCUGGUGCAGCAGGGGGCACACCUGCAUCCAAGUCCUGCUGUAUCCAGUAGCAUCAAAGCAAAUCUGUGGACCAGAAUGGAACCACCCCCCUAGGAAGACAUUACCCAAGCCAGUGGAAAACCACACACCUUCUUGAGAAGUAAAAGAGUCGUAGGAUUUGAAAGCAGAAAGAGAAUUUAGCAU